ACCAACACCAGUGUUUCCUGUCCCUACAGAGGACAGGGCAGAGAAAGGUCUCCCUGUAUGCAGGGAGAUGAAGCUAGGAUUCAGCGUGGAUACCUUAAGAAAAUCGCCGGCGUCCUGCAUGGCGUCCCCCUGCCCUCCCGCGGUCUAGUACUAACGCUGGGCAGGGGUGUGUGGGGCUCUACCUCGUCCCGAUUUUCGGGGCCUGUUCCCUGGCGCAGUCUCCCCUCCGGCAUCAGCGGCAGCUGGGUGCGCGCCGGCGCAUUGGGCGCAUAUGUGUGACGUCACGGCCGGCGACCCGGAAGUGACGUCAGUGGCGGCAGCGUGGAGCGUAAUUUAAAAACCGAAGCCUGCUCCGGAAAACGCUCCCAGGAUCGGUCCCCCACUGGCGGAACCCUUACCGCUCGGAGAAGCGACCAAGCGACCAUGUCGGUACCGGAGCGGUCCCCCAGAGCUGAGCCGCCACCAGCGCUUCUAACCGUGAGUCCCCUUCGGGGGUGGUUAUGAAUGGGUCAGGGAGUCUAUUGAUCCCCCUCUCCCACGAUGAUAUAGGGGGGGGAGGAGGAGCGAGCUCUUGCUCUAUGCUCAGUGCAGCUACGGCAGGGCGCAGGCUUCUACAUCCACUCCCCCGCCGCCCCCCCCCCCCCCCUCCUCUUGGUGGGCCAUAUCCCUUAUACUUUGCCGUUUCAUCUCUUUUAGGCAAAAGAAACCCCGAAAAAGACGGGGAAGUCACUCAAAUGUGUCUCCUGCUCUAGUAGACUCCCUGACGGCUACCCCAAAAAACUGUGCAAGCCUUGUAUUUCAAAUAUCGUACGGGAUGAGGCACCCUCCCUAAAAGAGGAAUUAAAAACUAUGAUUCAGGAGGAGAUCCGUUCGUCCCUGGCCCACCUGUCCACUAAUCCCCCCGAUUUGCCGCAACCAAAGAAGAAGCGGGCUAGAUCCCCAUCCCCCUCUGAUAUAGAAGUAGUUGCGGAGGAAAGUGCCCACUCUGUUAAGUCGUGGGAGGAGGGGGAGAGAGUCUCUGACUCAGACGACGAUGGACGUAGAUAUUAUUUUUCUACGGAAGAAAUGUCCGACCUUCUGAAAGCUGUAAGGUCGACUAUGGGUGUGGAGGAGGUACAACGUACCCAUUCGGUACAAGAAGAGAUGUUUGGGGGCCUGAGGGUUAAGAAGACCCGUGUGUUUCCCAUCAAUGAAAGCAUUAGGGACAUGAUCCUUGAUGAGUGGACAGACCCAGAAAAACGACUGGGAGUUCCGGCAACGUUCAAAAAUAGGUUGCUAUUUGAUCCGGAGGAAUCUAAAAUUUUCAAUGAAAUUCCCAAGAUUGAUGUACAGGUGGCCAAGGUGAACAAAAAGACGUCCCUUCCAUUCGAGGAUGCCUCCCAACUCAAAGAUUCAAUGGAUCGUAAGGCGGACAGUCUCCUCAGGAAAUCCUGGGAGGCGUCCAUGUUUAACGUUAAAACCAAUAUUGCGGCUACUUCAGUCGCCCGGUCCAUGUUUCUUUGGUUGGGAGAGUUGGAAACUCAUAUUAAAGACAGAGCGUCUAGGGAGCAGAUUCUGGAGUCUCUCCCCCUUCUAAAGUCGGCCACGGCCUUCCUGGCGGAUGCCUCUGCCGAAUCAGUUCGGUUCUCCGCCAGAGAUGCAGCGCUCUCCAAUGCAGCUAGGAGAGCCCUCUGGAUGAAGUGUUGGUCAGGGGAUAAGACAUCUAAGUUAAAGCUUUGCUCCAUCCCCUUUUCCGGAGAGUACGUGUUUGGCCCGGUGCUAGAUAAGAUCCUAGAGAAGGCCGCGGAUAAGAAGAAGGGGUUUCCGGAAGAUCGCCCUUCCAAACGCCGGUAUCCUUUUCGCCCCCCCUCGGGUCAAGAAAAGAGUUACAGAGGAAAAGGGAAAUCAGGGCGUUGGAGUUACCCAAAAGGAGGAAGAGGAAGAGGUCAGUCCUUCUCCCAGCAAAAACCUUCAGAUAAGCAAUGACGCCGGAGUGGGGGGAAGACUCUCAAGAUUCCUGGGAUCAUGGGAAUCCAUCUCCCAGAACCCCUGGGUUUCCAAAGUAGUCGGUACAGGCCUUCGCCCGAAGGCAGGGACUCAUGAUAAUCCCCUAUUUGGACGAUUUCCUUUUGGUCGGCGAAAGUCUCAGCCAGAUCAAUUCCAAUCUGAAGGUCUUUCUCUCCAUCCUAGACGACCUGGGGUGGAUCGU